AUGGCGGCCAACGCUACUCACACCGUCGCAAAUGGCGGUCCUUCCGCCCCGGCUGGGAGUGUAAAGUCCAACAUUCAGUUUGGAUUUGAUUCUCCUUCCGUCGCUCACAGCACUCCUCAGUCUGGCAACGCUGCUCCUAUCCCCAUUCCGGCUGGAAGCAAUGCCGGCCGUGUGCCCUCUCCCGCCCAUUCGCCUUCUCCUAUUCCACAGCCUUCAGCCAGCGGCGGUCGCCCGCCUUCCAUGCAGGCUGGCAGCCAAAUGACUUUUGGUAGUCUGGGCAGCGAUAGCGAGCGUCAUAUGAGACAGGGUUCCGUUCCUCCUAACCCCAAUGCUGUUCCCACUCAACCCGGUGCUCACUUCCGACGCGAGUCGACCAACUCUCUCCACGGCGACAACAACCGAGGCAACUACCAGGGCGGACGCGGCCGUGGUUACAAUAACCACCACAACUCCUACAACAAUCAGAUGGGCUACCCUCCCAACAACCAGUUUCGCAACGGCCAGGGUCGUGGCAUGCCUCCUGCUUUCCAACCCCAGGGUCGCGGCAUGCCCUACCCUAACUCGCCUCACCAGCCCAACCGCAGCCCUGCCCCGGUCUCUUCCAUGCCCAAUACACCCAACAUGCCUCCCGCCAACAUGCACGGUCACAUGCAGACGCCACCUCAGUACCACUACCCACCGCCUAUGGCUCCUCAGCAGCAACAAGUACAGUACCCCUUUCCUCGAGUAUUCUCCAAAACGCACAGAAAGUACCCUCAGCGCCGUGAGCAAGACAAGGUUUUAUCAGAUUUGCGACGCCAACCAGGCCCCAUGGUAAAGUGUCUUGCCAGCUAUAUCAAUCCGCCACAGCUCAGCGAUAUUACUGGGCAGUCGGAUCAGACAAAGCCUCGCAUGCAAAAUAUACCUCGCAAGCCUUCUGGUGGCUUAACCAACUCUGAUGUACCACCGAAGUCGAACCACAGCACCCCUUUCAAUAACCCCAACUCCAACUCAUUUGACCUAUCUCCUGAAAAUGGAGGGUUUGAACGACUGCUAACUAUGAAACACCAGAACUACGGCUAUCCUCCUCAACAGAUGGACCAAUACGGCCGUCCUAUCAACAUGGCCUACGGCUACAACAAUGUCCCCCCUUACAUGGGUGGUCCUCCCCAGGCCAAUGCUGGCUAUGCCCAGCAAUAUCCUCCUACUUUCCACCAACAGAGCGCCAGCAUGUCCCGCAGCCCUUCCCAGCCAGAGCGUCCCCCUAGCGCCAGCCAACCCGCUCCGCCCGUUGUCGUCUCUUCUGGCCAGGCACCCGUUGCUAAUGCCGCCAAGGGCGCCAAUACUUUUGUCAUGCCGCGCAAGAGCGCUGCGAUCCAGAUCAAGAACCUCGCUGGUGAGGUUGUGGACACGUCUGCCUUCAAGGCUCCCGCUUCUCCAGCUCCCCAGCAAGUUCGAACUCCUCCGGUUGCCGCUUCGACUCCUACUCCUCCUCCCGUCAAGCCCAACACUCCGUCUCACGGACGUAGCGACAGCCACACCACGCCCAAGACAGCCAAGGAAAUCCAGGAUGAGCUCAAAGAGAAGAUUAAGCGCGCUACUCAGCAAUCGGCUACUACUGAGGAACCGGCCGCCACCAAGACCGAGACCCCCGCUGCUAAGCCUGCCGAGCCUCCCAAAACCGAGACUCCCGCUAAGGAGGAGCCCAAGGCUGCCGAGGCUGCCAGGAGCGAUGACCCUGAUGAGGAUGAAAUGGAACGCAUGAUACGUGAAAUGGAAGAGGCCGACGCCCGCCGUGAAAAGGAGGAAAAUGAGCACCGUCAGCGCAGAGAGGCUGAAAAGGCCGCGGCUAAACAGAAGGAAGAGGCUAAUCGUAAGGCUAACGCCGACGACGAAGACCGCAAGUUGCGUGAGCAGGAGCGCGAGAUGGAACGUCUCGAAGAGGAGCGCGAGCGCAAGCGCAACAGUGCCGAGAGCUCCGGCAAGCCUAUGUCUGUUGCCGAGGCUCUUGCCAAGGCUCGUCCUGCAGGCGGUGACAACAACGUUGAAUCUGUCACUGACAAGCUCGCUGAUAUGAAAAUCGAGGGUGACAAGGCCGGCGAGAACAAGAAUUCCGAAAAGCGCGCUGCCAAGCCCGCGGCUCUUAACCUCGCGCCUCUCAACACCAAGCCUGUUGAACCUCCUCAGCCCACGCCUGCUAUGCAGUCCCUCAAGUCUGCUCGUUUUCUUCAGGUAAUGGAGCAAGACGUCUAUCCUGCUGGCAUCAACUCGCCCAACCCAGCUUUGAACGCUGCUGUCGCCAAGAAGGGUAAGACCUUCAGAUAUGACUCCGGCUUCCUUCUACAGUUCCAGAAGGUUUUUACCGAGCAGCCCUCCAUUGAGUUCCACCAGCAGGUCAAGUCCCUCAUCGGUGAUGGGGAUGGCAACCGCUCAGCUACACGCCCCCCCGCCCCUGGUAGCGCUAGACAAGGCUCCCGCGGCGGUGCAGGUUUCCCUGGCGGUUCCUUCAACGCGCCUCCCGGCCGUGGCGGUAUGCCUGGUGGUGCUCUUCCUGGUCGGCCUGGCGUCCCACCUCUUGGCUCUUUCGGGCGCCCGGGUGCUUCUUUCCCCGGUCCUUCCGGUAUGGCCCGCUCUGGUUCUCAGCGCGGUGCUGGCCCCAACUCUCCUCGCCAGAGCAGCCGCCAGACUCGCGGCAGCCGCCGUAACGACGUUCAGGCUGCUAAGACCAUGCCGCUCACUGCCGGCCAGGAGGUCAAGCCCAUUGCCAUUACCUCGACUGGCUGGAAGCCUACUAGCGUCGGAAAGAGUGCCGUUGCGAGCUCUGCUGCAAACGCCGGAUACCUUGAUCCAGAGAUGGUCCAGAGAAAGGUCAAGGCUGCUCUAAACAAGAUGACUCCUGAGAAGUUCGACAGAAUUGCCGACCAGAUCCUUCUCAUUGCCUCGCAGUCCAAGGAUGAGUCGGAUGGACGAACCCUACGCCAGGUCAUUCAGCUUACUUUCGAGAAGGCUACUGAUGAGUCUCACUGGGCCUCCAUGUAUGCGAAAUUCUGCAAGCGCAUGCUUGAAACCAUGAGUCCCGAGGUUCGUGAUGAGAGAAUCAAGGACAAGAAUGGAAAUAUUGUCAGCGGAGGCAACCUCUUCCGCAAAUACCUCCUCAACAGAUGCCAGGAAGACUUCGAGCGUGGCUGGUCCGUCAACGUGCCCGAGGCUCCCAAGGAGGAGAAGGACAAGGAAGAUGUAGAGGGCAAGAAGAACGGCGAGGCCGAACUCAUGUCCGACGAGUACUACAUCACUGCCGCUGCCAAGCGUCGCGGUCUCGGUCUUGUUCAGUUUAUUGGUGAGCUUUACAAACUCGGCAUGCUCACGGAACGUAUCAUGCAUGAAUGUGUGCACAAGCUCGUCGACUACAAGGGUAUUCCUGAUGAGGCCGAGGUUGAGUCUUUGUGCAAGUUGCUGAGAACUAUUGGUGCAAAUCUCGACAACACUGAGAAGGGCCGCCCCAUGAUGGAUGCUUACUUUGCUCGCAUCGCAACCAUGACUGACCUUCCCGGCCUUCCCAGCCGUAUCAAGUUCUUGCUCAUGGAUGUUAUUGACCUGCGCAAGGCUGGCUGGAGAGGCAAGACUAGCGGUCUGGCUCCCCCUAAGACCCUCGACGAGAUUCGCCUUGAAGCUGAGGCUGCUCAAGCUGCCAAGGCCCAGGAAACUGCCAGAAGCAACCAGCGUGGUGGCGGCCGCCCUCCUGUUGGCCGCGGCGAUGCUCGCCAAUUCUCUGCUGGCUACACCCAGCAGACAAGCAAUCAAGUUGGUAUGGAUGACCUGAGACGUCUCAAGGGCUCCAUCGCCAGGACUUCGAGCCAGAACGUGACCCUUGGCCCUACUUCAAUGUUCUCUUCUCGCAGCAACAGUGGUCGCCGCAUGGGCCCUGGUGGCUCUUUCGGCCGUGGUGAGGACUCUGCCAUGUCUUCCCGCGCUGGCACUCCUCCCACUCGCGAAAACUCAAACACAUUCAGCCUUCUCGCCAACAUGGACUCUGAGAACCCCGCUUCCCCACCUUCUGCCGCUGCUUCCCCGGCCCUGUCAAAAGCUGUCCCCGACAGUGACAAGAAAGAGAGCGAAUAA